AGGGGAUAAAAGAAUAUGCACUUUCCUUGAUGGAUGUCAUUCUGAACUGAAACAAUGAACGUGAUUGUUUAAGUGACGAUUUCACAGAAAGUAAUGUUUUACUUUACUGCACGCGUCUCCAUCAGUACGUCUGAUAGUCGGUCAAGUGUCGUAUAACUUUGCCAAAUAUUGAAGAUUUACAAGUCCAAAGUGAAGAAUUUACUAAGCUAGGGCAUAAGAGUUCCAUUUUGAAGUGCCACACAGUAUUUUUCAGGAAAACAGACUUACAAAAGAGUGGACACCAGUCUCCAUUUGUUAGCUGCAGGGUUCGAGUUUACGUGGUAAUUUCUGGAUGAUGAGAUAACGACUAGAAAAAAAGACAGGGCACAGUUUUUGAUCAAACACAUGUAGACUUUCCAUCAUUUUAACAGAAAGGAAACCAUGUUUUGAAGAAUCACGUCGAACAGUUCUUUCCAUUUCUGCAGUAAUCACAUAUGUCAACAAAGAUCAGACAGACCAUGUUAUAAUCUGCAUCUAUCACAGAGGAGUCAUCACAGAUUCAUGUAUGAUACUGAAGAUGUGUGUUUCCCUCACUGAUUGAGCCUUUUAACUGGUAAAUUCACAAGGAUAGAAAAUAGCAAGACGAAGAAAAUAUGUCUGGUAAAGACUCUUUAGCCUUUGGGCAGACUCAGAAUGGUCAAACUGCAGAGGCCAAAGGUCAAUCCACUGCAACUAAGAAUUGGUACCUAUAUGAUAUACAGCAAAUGAUGUAUGGAUUUGGAGAUGUUCCAAAGCCUCAGCAUGACUCAGCAGUUUUGAUUGAAGACAUUGUCAGGCAACAGAUGACAUCUCUGCUAUGGCAGGCAGCAGAUGUGGCCUCAACAAGAAACAGCCGCUUUAUUGGACUGGAAGAACUCUUGUUUUUGAUACGCAAAGACAAAGUGAAACUUCAUCGUCUUAUUCGGUACAUGGAUAUCAAGGAUCAGCGGUCCAUGGCCCUGAAAGGAAUCGGUGACGAGGGGGAGGAGGAGGCGGGGUCAGAGAAACCGGCCCAGCCAAUGAAAAAACGCCGCAAGAUCUGCUACGACUUCUUGAGUUCCAUUGAUGCAACAGGAGAACUGGUGGCCUUGUUUGGGGAGGAUGGAGUGGAUGACAUCAAGAAAGAGAGGAUGCUGAGAGCUGAUCUACAGACCAGAUACAUGGACCAGAAACAAUACAUGGAGUAUUGUGAGGCGAGACAAAGCAACUUUGGAAGGAAGUACAAGAUACAGCGCUUCAAGGAUUGGCUGUUGGCGGGGAUCAACAUGGAAAUCAAACCCAAUCAUCACGCCAUAGAGCUCUUCAGUUACUUUGCUUACGAAACAGUGGCGCAGAUUGUGGAUAUGGCCUUAUUAGUUAAACAAGACAAGAAGUCCCUAUAUGGAGACCCUCUGACUAAGGAGGCACCAAAUGUAUGCAUCAACUACUACCACCAGAUAUCUGCUGGGUCAGGAAUCACGUCCCCUCCCCCCUCCACCCCAGGCGCAGUGUCCCCAGUACAGAGUCCUCCUGCUACCCCCACCACACCUGGAUCCACCCUCAGCCUGAGUUCUAGCUCUUCCUCUCUGAGUGCCUCUCUCCCAAAACCAAAGAGCAAGAAACGCAAAAAGAGUGGAAUAGGAAGUGCCUUGGAAAUCUCUACGGCCAUACAACCUGAAGACAUCCACGAGGCCAUGAGGAGGUAUCAUCACUGUAUUGGACCAUUUUCCUCCCACAUUAAAACGAAUCCAAUGGUGCCUCAGCAUACAAAACUACUGUGUCUCUGACCCUUCCUCUUGUUACAAUGUUACAGUACAUGGAGCAGAGUUAAUGAUCGACAGAUCAAGUUUAGAUGGGAGAUCUGCUACACAUAAUAUUGAGUUCCUAAUGGGCAUGGACCAGAUGUCUAUAACACUAUAUCCCACCCCUAAUUCUAAACCAUGUCAGUUAGCUGUAUUUUACAAAACCCCAACUUCAUUCGAUGCCAUGGUUUUCCAGGCAAGCUCAGAGGACUAUAGAUAAUACAACAUUAAAUUUGAAUCAGUUUGUCACUAUUUAGUUGUUGUGUCUAUAAUUCUCAAAUUAAAUUCAUGCAUACAACGUAUAUAUAACACAUUUGUACAUUUAACUGACCUAUAUGUACUAUGUACAUGUUAAGAUAUAUGUUAUGUUUAGAAUGUAUUCAUGCGCCCAUAAAUGAAAGAUAGUCACAACACAAUUUGUGUUCAAAAAGCAGAUUUUAUUGAGCAAUGAUGUUAUAGACUUAUUCUAGUUCAAAGUACUAACAUGUACAUGUAUAUCAUAACAUCACAUUAAUAUUAACACAUGUAUGUGAUAAUAAAAUCAUUUGUUCUUGUA